UACAGGUUGCCAGUUUUGAUAUUAUGGUCAACCAAGGGUGAGUCGUGUCCUAGGGUCCAACCUCAUGAUGUGUGGUCAUUUGACUACGAGCAGGCGAUCGACGUGGUUCACAGCUGUGAGUUCAAUAGGUGCGCGAAUUGUCAUCUGUUGGAUCAGAGGAGUCAAGUGGCAAAACAGCAGGAGGAAGUGGUGAGCGUGCAGGAGCAGCAGCAACAGCCCCAAGUUGUUACGGCUUCAAAAUCCAAUGGAACCCAACAAACUGGUAUCUGGAAGGAGGGGGGAAUUUUAUGGAGUUUAAUUAAGGACAGCAGGUGCAAGUGUGCGUCCUAUCCCGUGGUGUGUCUUGGGGCGUUCGGUUCACUGGCUCUAUGUCUGGGCAUCAUUUUGUGCGCGGUGGGCAGCGAUAUGCUCGCUGUUGGCCUCAUCUUUGCUGCUGCAGGAGCUGUCAUGAUCAUGUUCUUCUGUCGGCUGUGUGAUGUUCCUCGCCAGGACUACAACACAUUGAACUCUGACCAACCAGAUCGCCUCAGCUCUUGCAGUGGAGUCGCCCUUCCCUCCCCUAGUGAGACUGAAUCCAGUACUUGCUACUCACCGCCAGAAAGUAAGAGUAUUGACUUUCCAGUACUUGCUGGAGACGGCAGCCCUACUUACCAAGAACAGUCUGGAGAACUGCCAUUGAAAACGACUGGAAGCUUCCACAUAAGACAUGAAGGAUAUUCUGCUAGCUACCUGCAUCCGUCUGAAGUACACAGUGGUAGCUAUUCAGGAUCGCAAGGAGGAAUGACUCCAAGGAAUUCUUUUUCGCUUGAAGAAAAGACUCCAAGCUAUUCGAUGUUAAAUGGAGGAAUGACUAAUGAUUUCGCAGCCCCAGUUGGAGGACUGACCUCAAACUAUUCAAUACCAGUUGGAGGACCAAACACUAGUUACUCGUUGCAGCCUGAAGAACUUAAUUUAAGCUACCCCGUGCAUUCCGGAGGCUUCUCCUUGCCACCUGGUGGGCCAACUUCUGGCUUCUCGGUGCCACGUGGACCAAUCGUAAGGUAUUCUGCGCCACAUGGGGGACCUUCUCUAAGCUAUUCCAUGUCACCUGUGGAGCCAAUCCAUGGCUAUUCAGUGACGCCUCUUGCCGGCUACAUGGGGCCGUCUGGAGACUUAGAAGAGAACUUUAAUCCCUCUUAUCCAAGUCAGAUCGCCAGAGAUGCUCCGCCUCCCUACACAGAUGCCAUUAAUGAUGUCCCGUAUUAAUAGCUAAUAUACUGGUCUUCCAGAUGUGUACCAGAGGCGCUUUGCAUAAUAAGAUAAUUGUAUGAUAUUGUAUAAUAUUGUAUAAUAUUUUAGUUCAAAUGUCUAAUUUGACAAGAAUCUCUAGAAGAUUCUAUAUAUAAUAAAUUUGCAUUUCUCAAAGCCUUGUACAUCGUGUCAAAGUUGGUGUGAAUAAUGCAACAAGAGAUGACUUUAUAUAGUGUUCACUUGAUUCAUACUGUUAAAUAUAGGAUUAUCCAGCCUUAUCCACGAAGAGGCGAUUGUUACCAAAUGUACCAGAGUAAAAUAUUGGGACAGCCUAGUGCAGGGGCCCAACAAGGUGUUACUUGUAAUCUGAGUGAUACGCAUAUGUUUGUAUAUUUGUGAUUGGACCAGGUGAUUGGACCAUUUUAAUUUAUUGAUGCCAUUAUUGAAAUACUGUAGAAUUCUCCCUCACAUGUCUUUAUAAUGUUCACAUGUACAUAUAUGAUGAUUGAACUGUUAAGUACCAGAGCUAAUGAGCCUGUGUGUGUGUGUAUAUAUAUAACAUAUAUAUAAAUAGAAAUAUAUAUAUGUAUGUAUAUAUUUAUGUAAUAUAUAUAUAUAUAUAAUAUAUAUAAUUUAUUAAUAUACCACACACGUACAUGUAUAAUUAAGGGUUUAUUUCCAUACCAGAGGAGACAGGUGUAUUUGGUGCAAGGUAUUAUAUAAUUGAUGGAUAUGAUUCGAAUAUGAUUAUCGUGUUCAAGGCAGCUCAGGCAUAGUAUGUAAAGAUGAUGCAAUUUAGGCUUGGGAUAAAAGCUUUGCUGGCCGUGAUUGUGUAAUCGCGUUCAUUAAAUGUUCUAUUUUCCAA